AUGGAACCACUUACGUUGAAGCAACGCACUCCGGUCGAGAGCCCCGAGGUGGAAAACUGGGACGAUGACGACUUUGAGAACCUGGAAGACGUCCACUUCCGUACUGCGUCAACCGCAACUUCUGUCAUCUCUCAUCCCCAGACGAACCGCCGAGAUUCCGUCUCGUCGCGCUUGUCAAUGCGGUCCGAGUCGAACCAAGGAGACGAAAAUUGGGAUGUACUGGUUGAUGAACAAGCAUCGAUUAAGGAUGCCGUAGCCCUUGCGAAGAGCAAAGGAAUACCAUUACCUGCCAACAUACCUCGUUCGGCAUUGGAGGGUGGCACCAUACGGCGGUUGAAGGGCAAAGAGAUCAAAAAGGCAAUUGCGGACGACUGGUCGGAAGACUUGGAUCUACCUGGCACCGAGAUGCCUCUCAAGCUCGCCAAACACGAUGACCGCGAUUUAUCAGAGAGUUUGCGACAGAUCAGUGCGGCUUUCAGAACGUCACCCAAAACCCCAGAAGCGAAAGACAUGUUUGAUCAAACCAUCCGGUCGCCAAAGUCGCGCUCGGCAGCUGUACCUAUCACCUUGGAUGCUUUUCGAGAUACAGAUGAGGAUGCGGGCUUUGGCGAUGUCCCGACGAUAAAGGUCGCCAAACAUAGAUCACCUCAGAAGCCUCUGCUUUUCCGGCAACCUCCCACCCCCGGGAAGCCAGAAACUGAAAACAUCGAAGACGAUCUCGAGUUUCCUUCCGAUGGACAACUGCGCCUGUCCACAAGGAAACCCCCUCCUUCGACUCCUCAACAAAGUGACGAUUUCGACCUUGAAUGGGCCGAGGGCAGCCUGGGUACAAGGAACGCCGGCACCAGAAGAGGAGGUCGGUCUGCACGUAGCUCGUCUGCCUCAGCCUUGAGCCCCAGUGUUUCGAGUGCUUUCACCGCCGAGAGCGAAGAUGAAGGCCUGGAUGGUCUUGUCCUGCCUGACGGCCCCAUUCAAUUUGAGGACAAGCUCAAACGACGCCAACAUGAACACCCGCCUGAGCCACCUCGAAGUAUUCCCGAUCACAAAGAUGAUUCCCGGAUGACGGCUGGGAAGGACGACUUUUUCUCGGGUCUAGAAAUUGGAGAUGGAGAGGUUUUCGACGCUGCCAAAUUGACCCUGAAUCGCAAUGUUAAGCACAAGAGUGCACGGCCUACCAGUCCACCCAAAAGGACAACAACCACCCUCAAUUUUACAAGCACCAAAAGCCAAGGAACUAUCUCGCGUCUCCCCAGAUUUCAACCUGCUCACGACCGGCUUGAGCGUGCUCGGUCCAAUUUGGAACCUGUCUCGGAAACCGGCGCCGCGAUAUCAUCGUACCAACGAGCCAAUUCGCGACUUGGUAAUCAUGCAAGUCAUUCAUCUGUCUCAGCCAUUCCCGCCCCUCAGGCUCCCUCUACUCCCUCUACCCCAAGUCGACGGCUCCUCCGUGGCACCGAAUCUCGCCCCGACCUGCGCUUCGAGCCGCCGACCACAACAAACGCGCAGCUCCUGCGUGCAAAGAGAUCCAUGCCUGUCAUGCGUGGCUUGACCUCGCCGACCAAAGCUUCGCCGUACGUCAGACCUCCUUCGAGACAGGAGACGGGAAGCCGGUUGAAUAUCCCCUCACGUCCCAAAACUCCCACGGAUCGCGCAGAAUCUCGCAUCGGGGAACCCAGGAAAGGCGCAAUCCCCUUCCUCCCAGCAGGUGCUUCCGCUGGGCAGUCUCAGCACGUUAGUAUCAAAAAUCAUUACCGCGGGCAAGGAUCCGAUGGCUCUGGUGACAGUAUGUCCGCUGCUCAAAGGUCCUUGUCUCGAUUGGCUGGGCUCGGCAGACCGGAGACGCCUGGUCGUGGGAUAGACAGUGCUCGUGGGCGAAGCAAUCUCACACCCGCCGAAUUGGCCGCACAAGCCAAGAAAUCAAUCACAAAACCUGCCCGGCGUCGCAAUUAUGGCGAUGGAACGGAGUUGGAGAUCUUCGACGACUUGCCUACCUCGGCCACCCUCGAAUCCAAGUUCACCAAGGCGCCUGUGGGCCGUGGUGCACCUCGAAGCCUUCGAAGCAAACUUGGUUUGUCGCACCUCAACCCCUCGACAUCGUCCCUUGCCAGUACGAGACGGGGCAGCGACACCCCUGUUCCAGCAACGCCGCUCUCACCGGCUCCCAGAAGCGAUUUCCCAACCACAGCCCUCAAUACAACCAACGUUCCUCGCUUUGCCCGCGACACUGCCGCCUCCCGCAACGCUCGCGAACAGCGACAGAUCUCAAACACUUUCCAGAACAUGCGAGGUGAACCACUGCAACCCAUAUCAACGAAUUGGAAGUCGAACACCUCAGCUAUACGUCCAAGCAACCAAGGAAGUUUGAGGAAAAAGAAAAACGACAAGGUCCAAUUGAAACCACACCUCAUCAAACCCAUGGGCAGCGACUUGAACCGAGCAAAGACGGAGAAAGGCAUGAACUACAACCCGCUCUCGUUUAGGUGGGAAGGCAAUGAAAACGAUCUGGCGCCUUUCGACGUCCCAGACUUCUACCCUCGGGUCGGCAGCCCUGGUAUCCAAAGUCGAGGAAGCCCAGGCACGAAAGCGCAGGUGGCACUGAUCUCCAAUGUGGGCUCCAGUGUUACAGGCGUCCAAGUUGUGGGUGGCAUGGUCUUUGAUCCAUCACAAAUGCGAUGGCUCAAGAUUGCCGAGAAUCCAGAUGGAAGCGUGUCGAGUCUUCGAGGGGGUAGUGUCCAGAUUGAAGAGGAAGAAGAUGUCUUCGCGGGUCUGGAGGACCUGAAAGAAGAGGACGAGACCCGCAGUCGGAGCGGCACGCUCCAAAACAUGUCAAACAUCGAGCAAUCGAGGGAUUCCUUCGGUGAUGGAGAAGCUGGCCACAGCAGCGGUGACGAAUGGGGAAUUGGAGUUAGCGAAGAGUUCGAUGUGGGACCUGAGUUUGUGCGAAGACAGAGAGGCGAAGAGGAGCGAUGGCGACGAAAAGUGGAAAAGUGGCUCCGAAAGGGUCUCGACGUGGAAGAGGAAGAAGGUCCCGAUGGCAGGGGAGGUUGGAGGUGGGCUAUUCGUGAGCUGGUGAUGGAGCAAGGCGAAGCUUAG